AUGAUAACUUGCUGCUUAAUGUGGAGUGGGCCCGGCCAAACAACCGCGAGAGAUGAAGCAACAGCAGCAACAGCUGCUGCAGCAGCAGCAGCAGCAACAGCACCGUAUGCUGCGAUGGUGGUGCUGCUGCUGUGUCACCUCUUGUUGCAGCAGCACCGACGCAUCAUGCAGCAGCAACAGCACCAAUUGCUGCAGUAUUCCUGCAGCUGCUGCUCGUUACCUGCAGCAGCAGCAGCAGUAGCAGCUCGCGAGGCAGCAGCAGCAGCACUCUACAGAGGCAGUGCUCUGCUCUCCUCAACUUUGAGGCACCCGGCGUGGUGCAGCAGCAGCAGCAGCAGCAGCAGCAGCAGCAGGCGCACCUGCUGUUGCUGUUGCGCUGCAGUGGCAGCUGAAGCGAUAGUAGUGGGGACAGAGAGUUAA